AUGGAACCUAUUAUUAAAAAUAAAACUAUAAAUAAUAUUAAAAUUCAUUAUCCACCUUCACCUAGACUCUCUUCUGGUAAUCCACAGUUACCAGCUUCACCAAAGUUGAUGCCGCACCCAGUAUCACCUAGAUUAAACUCUCAGUUUCCUGCAUCGCCAAGACUAGGUUCACAGUUUCCAGCAUCACCAAGACUAGGUUCGCAGUUUCCUUCGUCACCAAGAGUUCAUCAUCCACAGCAUCAACUCUUACUACACCACCAGAAUCCAGCUUCUCCAAGACUAUCGUCGCAACACGUUCAGCCAUCACCAAGACUGAAUUCACAGCAUAUUAUUCAUUCUCCAAGACUAACAUCACAAUUCCCAGUCUCACCUAGAUUGAGUUCACAACAUCCUCCCUCUCCUAAACUUCAUCCACAGUUCUUGUCGCCACCAAAACCACAUCUUCAACACUCACCUCUGUUAAAAUCACAACCAAUUCAACAAUCAAAAUCAUCGUCGAAUCUUCAAAUUCAAAGUGAAGAGUUGGCCAAUCAAAUAGCAACUGCAGUAAAAUAUCAAGAAUUUCAAGAGGACUUUCCAAAUUCUUUGAAAAGAACUCUAUGGAAUUCUGUACAAUUUGCCCAUAGACAUAAAUUAAUUGAAAGAUCAGCAUAUCAAGAAAGAUUAAUUAUACCAUUAGCAAAAACAGCAGUAUUUGAUAUUUACAACCAAUACCUAGCAUCUAGAGUUUAUGAUGGUGCUCAAUUUGAAAGAUCAGUAGAUUUAAAGUUGUUGGCAUUCAAUCAUAAAUGUCUUUACUAUAAAUAUGCUUUGGAUGUUAUUUUAGAUUGUAAAGAGUUAAUUUCAGUUGGUGGAAACAAGUUUGAAUGUCCACAUUUGAUGGGUGAUCCAGCUUUCGGUAUGAUGGAGCUUACCAAAGCACUGCUGAAACAACCAUUACCAUUGGAAUCAGAAGGCCCACCUCAACCAAUGAUCAUCGGAAACAAGUUCUUUGAGAUUGAUAAUCUCAAUUGGUUGUUUUACCGUCGUAGCUAUUUGAAGAUUAGAAAUCUAAAGAAACUAAUAGAGGCACCUCGAGGUGGAAAGGUCUUCUCGAUUGCCGAGGCAUCCGAUCAAGCUCUUACCGAAAUGAUUCAUCGUGUUGGAAUGUGGGCGACUGGUGCAGCGACUGCAUUCAUCGAAUGGAAUGUAUUCUCAAAGCUAUUGGAGAGAUACAAUCAAUUUGUUUAUCCUAUCCCACGUUUGAUUUUCUUGGAUGCCAUGGUCAAGAUUCACAGUGAUUUGGGAUGGAUGAUAUCCAAUCGUUUGAUUCAAGAUCAAUUCGGUGUAUCUAUUCCUUUUAUGAUUAGUGAUAUCUGUCAGAUGUUGGCACCCGUCUCCAUUGCCAUCAUUAAAACCUACAAUAUUAAACCAACUUCAAUUCAACAACAACCUUAA